ACGAAUUUCACUCUUCCCGUUGUCCGUCUCCGUCUCCAUCAACACCGCUCUCCCUACUUCAACAGUACAGACAUCGUAGCGACCUCGAGUCUGGUCACGAUGUGCAUAUGAAUAUGAGCCGCCAUGUAGUGGACGUUGGGCGACACAGUCUAAACUUCUCCAACGCCAAUCUCGCCUGUCUAACGCUGGCAAUAAGAAAUUCGUUCUCCGCAAGAGUCCCGAGAUCUGCGAUAUCAUUACCACAGCCUGCACUCCCAUCGACAGUAAGGAAUCGUGUCAUACACCAUGCUGCAACCUCGAAUACGACAGUACGUUGGCCUCAACAGGCGGUGGUAGGAGUUGAAAAACUUGGCUUGCGCACGAACCUGCUCAGGCCAUCACAAGACUUCGAUCGGUUGGCUGUGCGAUUGAUACUGCAGAGGAGAUGGAAUAGCGAGCAUAAACAGUCACAUGAGAAGAGACUUCAUGAUGAGAGCGCGAGAAAGCGCGAGGCAGAAAAAGAUCACGAUUCGAAGGCCGCGGCGACGGGAGUAGGAGGCGCUGGCAAAUACAUCUACGAUCAUCUUCCACAUCUCCCACACCUUCAUCGACCAACAAAAGAAGAGCUACUUGCCGCGGCGAACGGGUUUUGGCAUCGACUGCAGAUUCGCUUCAAGUGGUUCUCUAUCCGCAGCGUGCGACCGUUCAACCACGAAGAGAUUUUUGCAUUUUUAAGCUGGAUAUUUUGGGGCCAUGUGCUCUGGUUCGUGAUCGGUACAACGACCUUUGUGAGCUUAACCAUCUUGGCCCUCAACUCUGUCUUCGCUCAAGACACUUUGGCAGGCUGGAUCGGCAACUACCUCACGCGCAGCAGCGGCUUGAAAGUAGUAUUCGAGAGCGCCAUUGUUCCAAAAUGGGGUGAUGGUGUCAUUCGCUUCAACAAGGUUUUCGUCAGCAGACGCCCUGGCAAUGACAAGAGCCAGAGAGCCGUCACACAAGGAUCUUCGGCGACGGCUGCAGCCGCCGCUGCUGCAAGUAUACAGGCUGGGAAGGAAAGCCAAGGUAUCGCCACCGUCGAGGACACCGAAGUGGAAGACGACGGUAAUUACUCACAAUUCGACGUCACCAUCGAGAGUGUGGAAGUAUCCCUAUCCUUCGCCAAGUGGUUCAACGGCAAAGGCUUGCUACGUGACGUGGGAAUCAGCGGGGUUCGUGGUGUAAUCGAUCGAACGCACGUCACACCACGAGCUGGCGAUGAGAAUAUCGACCCAAAAAGCUAUCGCCACGAGCAUAGCAUUGGCGACUUCGAAAUUGAGCACUUCAAAAUGGAAGACGUGCUCCUGACAGUUUAUCAGCCAAAGGACUUCCGACCAUUCACAGUCAGUGUCUUCAAUUGCGAGCUUCCUCGACUUCGCAAACAAUGGCUAUUCUACGACUUCCUCAGCGCCAACAACAUGAGUGGCAGCUUUGACGGAUCGCUCUUCACAAUCCACCCUAGGCAGGUACACAGCAUCACUGGGGCUAGCCUUAUCAAUGGGAACGAGGAUGAAGCUUCGCAGUGGAAGAAGCACAGCAGGAUCCGCAUUGACGGCCUCAAGAUCGAUCACCUAAAUCGUGGUGUCGAAGGUCCCUUUUCGUGGAUCCAUGACGGCAACGUCGACAUCGUGACAGAUGUCAUGAUACCUAACGAUGCUGAUGGUAGCAUUGCAAAGGUCAUGAGUGACUUCUACGACCGUAUGGAAGCUACUGUCACCAACGCGCAAAAUGGUAAUGGAAACCAUAACAGCCAGAUCAUCGACAACCGCGAUGACGUUCCUGAGGAGCAAAAAGCUCAGACCGAGCAAGAAAGCCCUGACAACGACCGAUUCGUGGUGAUGGACAUCCAGAUCCAUCUCAAUGAUGUGCGCGCGAGUGUGCCCAUCUUCACAAGAGACCUCUCUUACGUCAACAAUGCUGCAGUCCGACCUAUCGUUGCAUACAUCAAUUCACAUUCGCACAGAGGCAGCAAUUUCAUACCCAUCACCUGUCGAAUUGUAAAGCGACAGAGUGAGUUUGAUGGAUCCUGGACUAUCUUCGAUUCCGGCUUAUUGGACGACCUCAGCAGAGAAACGUACGACGCUUUCGUACGAGACAUCACAGAUCGAAAGCAGCAGACGAGGCGCAUCAAGAAGGUCGGUCUUUGGGCAGCUCAAGUCGCCGCUCAAGCACUCUUCAUCGGCCUUGCUGGGCAGCUGGCUUGAGCGCCACUGCUUCAGCGGUAGAGAUCGACCUACAGCUCGCCAUAUCCUUGGAAGCUGGAUCGUUACACUUCAUUUUCAUUGCAGUGGGAGCUCGGCGUUCAAAGGAUCUUGGGCGUGUGGAAAAUAAAAGAGGAACGGGAGUUUCAGCUCCCUACAUGCAUCGCACAAGAACUGCGACCAAAGACAUGGGUGUGUAUUAUUUGUAUAGAUUCACGAGAGACGAGACCUAAUGUACAGACAACUCAAUAUACACGCAAGAGGAUUCCUC